ACAUCACAUUAACGCGCACAAAGCUGAAAGCAAAAUAGCAACAAGAGACCCAACCAAACAACAGCAACCAUGGCAACAACAACCGUUUGAGAGAGUGAAAACGACGUCAUAUCUCAAGUUUUUUUUUUUUUCCUUUCUUUUCUCUAUUCUUGAAGCAAGCUGGUUAGAGAUCUCCUUCGUCUCCAAAUAUUCAAUUCGCCCUUGAUUUUAUUAUUUUAUUAAAACAUAAAUUUGUUUUAGGCGUUGUAUUUAUGAGCAUGUCCUAGCACAAUCUCUCUAUUCUACUCAUUGGUUUUCUCUUUCUUUGUUGGAGGAGGUUAUUGUUUGAUCCAGAAAAGAAAUGGUGGUUUCUGGGCCAAUUACGCCUGGACAGGUGUCUUUUCUCUUAGGAGUUAUCCCAGUUUUCAUUGCAUGGAUAUAUUCAGAGUUCCUAGAAUACAAGAAAUCGGCAUCUCUUUCUAAAGCCCAUUCAGAUAGUAAUCUGGUUGUUUUAGGAAAGGAGACAAUUAAAGAAGAUGACAGGGCUGUUUUGCUUGAAGGGGGUCUAACAAGAUCAGCAUCUACUAAGCUCCAUGCUUCAUCCAUCAAAACAAACUUGAUUAGGUUUUUGACCAUGGAAGACUCUUUCCUUCUGGAACACCGAACCACUUUGAGAGCAAUGGCCGAGUUUGGGGCUAUUCUGGUGUACUUCUACAUAUGUGAUCGGACAGAUUUACUAGGAGAAUCUACCAAGAAAUACAACCGCGACCUUUUCCUCUUCCUCUAUGCUCUUCUCAUCAUAGUUUCUGCAAUGACUUCUUUGACGAAGCAUAAUGACAAAUCAGCAUUCUCUGGAAAGACCAUGCAGUACCUUAGUAGGCAUCAGACUGAAGAAUGGAAAGGAUGGAUGCAGGUGCUAUUUCUAAUGUACCAUUAUUUUGCUGCGGCGGAGAUAUAUAAUGCAAUACGUGUCUUCAUUGCUGCAUAUGUUUGGAUGACGGGAUUUGGCAACUUCUCAUACUAUUAUAUCAGAAAGGACUUUAGCCUAGCACGUUUUGCUCAGGUGAUACUCUAUACCAUUCCUGCAUUCCAGUUAUUAAGGGUUAUAAUAUAUAUAUCCACUUUAUGCAUAUCAGUAAACCUCUUAUCCUUCUAUAACUUCUAUUUAAUGCAGAUGAUGUGGCGACUAAACUUCUUUGUGGCAUUUUGCUGUAUUGUUCUCAACAAUGACUACAUGCUUUACUACAUCUGCCCAAUGCACACGCUUUUCACCGUAAUGGUGUAUGGAGCUCUUGGGAUUUUCAACAAGUAUAAUGAGAUACCAUCGGUGAUGGCUGUGAAAAUUCUUGCAUGCUUUCUUGUAGUUAUCUUUAUUUGGGAAAUUCCUGGAGUUUUUGAAAUAUUCUGGAGUCCACUAGCUAUCCUAUUAGGGUACACUGAUCCUGCAAAACCUGAUCUCCACCGAUUGCAUGAGUGGCAUUUUAGAUCUGGUCUGGAUCGCUAUGUAUGGAUAAUUGGAAUGAUGUAUGCCUACUAUCAUCCAAAUGUUGAGAAAUGGAUGGAAAAAUUGGAGGAAUGUGAAACCAAGAGAAAAUUUUCAAUCAAAGCAAGUGUUGUUGCAAUUGCUUUAUUUGUUGGCUAUAUGUGGUAUGAAUGUAUUUACAAGCUGGACAAGGUUACUUACAACAAAUAUCACCCAUACACAUCUUGGAUUCCUAUAACUGUCUACAUUUGCUUGCGGAAUUGUACUCAGCAGCUUCGAAGUUACAGUUUGACUCUCUUUGCGUGGCUUGGCAAGAUAACUCUGGAGACUUACAUUUCACAAUUUCAUAUCUGGUUGAGAUCAGACAUGCCUAAUGGACAGCCCAAGUGGCUUCUUUCUUUUAUCCCGGAAUAUCCCCUACUCAACUUCAUGCUCACAACAGCUAUUUAUGUCUUGAUAUCUCAUCGUCUGUUCGACUUGACCAAUAAACUUAAGUCAGUUUUCAUUCCCACAAAAGACAACCGACGGCUGCUAUAUAAUUUCAUUGCUGGAGUAGUCGUUUCAGUGUGUUUGUACUGCACUUCACUCAUUCUUCUUCAGAUUCCCCAUUCAACUGACUGAGAAAGCAUGAAGUUGGAUAGCGAGCGCUUUUACAUCGGACAUACAAAAAACAUACAUAAAUAGUUGGAGCAGAAUAAGUGAACUUGGAAGACGUAUACAUGAUCUAAGCUUUCGGAUUUGAAUGUUUCCAACGAUUUUGAGUAAAAUUGCCCUCUAUUUUUCAUCCUCGAUCUGGAACUAUGAGUCUUGGUAUUGCCUUGGGAGCAUGAUGGGGGGCAAGCAGGCAACCAACAGGAAGUAAAUCUUUUUCCUUUUUUUUUUUUUUCUUUACAUUUUGUUGAAUAUUGAUGAACUGCAAUAUAUCGUCUCCUUUUGUAUUUUUUUCCCCUUUUUUGGUCAUUUAUUGAAGGAAAAAAUGUAGAUUGAUGUGACAUAGAAUGUGGUGUUUCGGUACCAAACAAAUUGGAGAUCCAAUAGUAAUGCAAAAUUUUAUUGGGAACUUCUCUCAUAAUCAUUUGUCAUUUGGGGAUGUAUUUUACGACAUCAAAACUGGGUAUAAUUAUGUAAUAUUUUGAGUGAGAGAGUGGAAUGUAACCUUAUUAAUAAGAAAAUGUUUUUAGAUAUAAAUUGAGCUAAAAUCAAAUUAUCUUUUGUUGCA